AUGGCAGCGAUUCAGCUCGAGAAGACAUUGGUGCCGCUACCAUCUACAAGACGCAACUUUGGGACGCAUUUAUCGUAUGACAGACACACGAAUAGGAUUGCGUACGGCUCCGGAAAGUCCGCGAUCGUGAAGAGCUUGGACAGCGACAUUGUGGUCCAAUUUACGGGCCACGGGUCGGCGAAUGUCACGGUGGUGCGGUUUUCGCCGGUGGCUGGGUCGCAAUAUGUGGUCUCUGGAGACGACGCAGGCCGUAUAAUGGUGUGGAGCUACUUUGAGGAUGAGGAGAAAGGGCAGGUGGAGACGAAAUUGCGUUCUGAGUUCCAGGUACUUGCCGGAGCGGUGGCCGAUAUCUCAUGGGACUUUGAGGGGCGCCGCUUGUGUGUAGUGGGCGCAGGUCGAGACCGCUACGGUGCGUUCAUCAGCUGGGACACAGGCAACUCGCUCGGCGAGGUUACGGGGCACGCGCUGAACGUCAACGCCUGUCAUAUUCGGCAGGCGCGCCCGAUGAGGGCUGCGACGGUAAGCGACGAUGGCUCCAUGGUGUUCUACAAGGGCCCGCCUUUCCAGUUUUCCUGCAGUGACCACACACAUCACGCCAAUGGCAAGUUUGUCCGCGACGUACGCUUUUCCCCAGCCAAGGGGGCCUACCUUGUUAGCGUGGGGAGCGAUCGCAAGAUAGUGCUGUACGACGGCGACUCCGGGGAAUUUAUCAAAUACAUUGGAGAGGACUCAGAGGAGUGCGGCGGGUUUUUCUCUCUUGCAUGGGUGGACGACGGCGACAAAUCCAAUAGGAUCGUGACAGCUAGCGCGGACGGUGUGGUACGCCUGUGGGACGUGGAAGCCAACCGUCUGCUAAAGCGCUGGGAGUUAGGAACCGAGGUGGCACAGCAGCAAGUCGGCGUGGUUGUUACGCGCGACAGCAAUAUCAUCUCUGUGUCGCUGGAUGGCACGCUUAAUGUGUUCAGCAUCGAGAGCGAUAAGCCAAUAAAGACAAUCGAGGGCCACAAGAAGGGGAUUACCGCCUUGAAAACCAACCCUCUGGUUACCGCUUCUUAUGACGGCCGCGUUCUGGAAUGGUCUGCGGAAGGUACGGCUGCCGUUGCGGCGAUGCACUCAAACAGCGUCACAUCGAUCAACAAUGUGGGCGGCCGCACGUGCACUGUGUCCUGGGAUGGUACUUUGAAAGUAGACAAUGAAGAAAAGCACAAGUUUCCAGAUGAUCCUAAAGCCUCCGUUGCAUUCGAGGGCAUGGUUGCACUGAUUACGAAUAACAAGCGUCUGGUACUUGUCAAGUCGGAGUCCGGGCUUGUCGUCCAGGAGACAGCCCUCAGCAGGUCACCAUGUGUGGUCACGAUGGCCAAGUCGCAUGUGGCUGUGGGAUACGAGGACAGUAAUAUCAUCGAUGUCUUCCUGGUUUCGGACUUUGCCACGCGCUUCGAACUCGCUCUGACGAUUCGCGGAACACCCUCUGCGCUCUCGUUCUCUCCUACGGAGCAGUAUCUGGCCGUCGGAGACGUGAUGGGCAAGAUCCUUCUCUUCAACGUGGAACAGAGAACUGUAGUCACCUCCAGGUGGUCGUUCCACACCGGGAAGAUAACGUCGAUGGACUGGCGCCCCGACGAGGACGACGAGAACUACAUCGCCACGGCGGCCCUGGAUACCCAUCUCUUUAUUUAUUCCGUCAAGAAACCGAUGCGUGUCAUCAAAAUGCUGAAUGCCCACAAGGAUGGUAUCAACAUGCUUGGCUGGGAGGAUCCAGACCAUCUUAUCACAGGUGGCCAGGACGCCUGUAUCAAGAGAUGGAGGGUCUCCUUUUCUUGA